AUGAUUCGCGGCCAGCCUUCUUUCCCAACUCCGCGGCGGUCGUCGCCAUCAUCGGUGACCAAGAGAUCCAGUGCAUUCGUGGCUGUCUUGCCCGGCGCCGGUGACAGCGAUACCAGCCAGCCACGCGGCGUCUUCCCCGGCACCGGUAGCGUCCAUAUCAGGUGGCCUAGUCUGGGUUUUCGCCGUCGACUCCAAGCUAGGUUCAAGCCUGCCGCCGGCCGUGUCGUCGAUGACACCAGCGCUGUGGAACUCAGAUCCGGAGCUGCACCGUGCUCGCGCCUGGCGGUCGUGACCACAAGGCCUGUAACAGGAGCUGAUUCACCCCCGUGUGCAACAGAGGCUGAACAUCUGGGUUCCCUCACAAGUGUGGCCUCAUGUGCUUCAAAGGAAAUGUUCAACUCCUCUACCAGCAUGAAUCGUCUGGUUUCGAUCGGCAUCGCCGCCCUGCUUGUAUCCGUGCUCGCUCUCCAGUUGAUUGUCAAAACUCUAAAGAGUAGAAUGUCCGCGCUCAGGUCACGACUACAUUGGGCUGCUCUGCUGUUCAAUGGCUGCCUGGGUUUGGUUUAUCUUGAGCUAGGGCUCUGGAUGCUUGUGUUCAAUCGGGACGCUUCUGUUUAUUGGUGUCUUGUAGCAUUAUCUCAAGGACUGAAUUUGAUCCUUACCAACUUUGCUCUAAGCAUCAAGCCUCGGUUCCUUGGAGCGGCAUUUGUUCGGUCUUGGUCGGUCUUGCAGAGCAUCUUCGCAGCGUUCAUCUCUUAUUCUUCAGUUGCUGAUAUUGUGGCACACAAGAACAUCACCGUCAAGGCUUGUUUAGAUCUUCUGUCCCUACCAGGUGCAGCUCUCCUCCUUAUUUAUGCCAUUCGACCAAGCCAUGAUGAGGAGGGUUAUGGAGGAAUUGGAGAUUGUUCAUUCAAGCCCCUGAACACGGAGACAGAUGGCGUGGUAACUCCUUUUGCUCGAUCUGGUUUUCUCAGUGAGAUGUCAUUUUGGUGGUUGAAUCCUUUGAUGAAGAUGGGCUAUGAGAAGCCCAUUGAGGACAAAGACAUGCCACUUUUAGGCGCCACAGAUCGAGCACACAACCAGUACCUGAUGUUCAGGGAGAAGCUGAAGCAGUCGUUGGGGUCAGACUCCAUGCCAUCAAUCUUCUGGACAAUUGUUUCUUGCCACAGGCAUGCGAUCCUGGUCUCGGGUUUCUUUGCAUUGCUCAAGAUUCUCACCUUAACUACAGGACCGAUACUUCUCAAGGCAUUCAUCAAUGUAUCACUUGGGAAAGGGACCUUUGAAUACCAAGGAUGUGUGCUUGCUGCGGUAAUGUUCGUGUGCAAAUGCUGUGAAUCGUUGUCGCAGAGGCAGUGGUAUUUCCGCACUCGGAGAUUAGGACUGCAGGUGAGGUCGUUCCUGUCCGCCGCUAUUUAUAAGAAACAACAGAGGCUGUCAAAUGAAGGGAAACUGGAGCACUCUUCUGGACAAAUCAUCAAUUAUGUGACCGUCGACGCCUACCGGAUCGGGGAAUUCCCGUACUGGUUCCAUCAGACAUGGACAACAAGCGUUCAGCUCUGCAUCGGUCUGGCGAUUCUGUACAGCGCGGUUGGCGCCGCGAUGAUUUCAUCGCUGGUCGUCAUUGUCAUCAAUGUGCUCUGCAGCGCUCCGUUGGCCAAGCUGCAACACAGAUUCCAGAGUAAGCUUAUGGAAGCACAGGAUGUGAGAUUGAAGGCCAUGUCCCAGUCACUACUUCAUAUGAAGGUCUUGAAACUAUAUGCAUGGGAAGGCCACUUCAAGAAGUUCAUCGAGGGGCUGAGGGAGGUCGAGUACAAGUGGUUAUGGGCAUUCCAGCUUAGGAGGGUGUACAACAAUUUCCUCUUCUGGGCGUCGCCUGUUUUGGCUUCAGCAGCUACCUUCCUCACAUGCUAUAUUUUGGAAAUCCCUCUUGAUGCUAGCAAUGUCUUCACCUUCGUGGCAACUCUGCGUCUUGUGCAUGACCCAGUUAGGUCAAUACCGGAUCUUAUUGCAGUUGUGAUACGAGCUAAGGUUGCUUUCACUCGGAUAGUAAAGUUCCUUGAUGCACCCGAGCUGAACGGGCAAGUGAGGAAGAGAUACCAUGCUGGCAUUGAUUAUUACCAUAUAGCGAUGAAUUCAUGCAGUCUCUCAUGGGAUGAGAAUGCACCAAAACCAACUCUAAAGAAUGUGAAUUUGGUAGUCAAAGCUGGAGAAAAAGUUGCAAUUUGUGGAGAGGUAGGGUCAGGAAAGUCGACACUUUUGGCUGCUGUACUCGGAGAAGUCCCCAGGACUGAAGGCACGAUCCAAGUAUGUGGGAAAAUAGCAUACGUUUCUCAGAAUGCAUGGAUCCAAACAGGAACUGUGCAAGACAAUAUUCUGUUUGGAUCUUCGAUGGACAGGCAAAGAUACCAAGACACACUUGAACGGUGCUUGUUGGUCAAAGACCUUGAAAUGUUGCCAUAUGGAGAUUGUACUGAAAUUGGGGAGAGAGGAGUAAACCUUAGUGGUGGUCAGAAGCAGCGCGUCCAGCUUGCUCGUGCACUAUACCAAAAUGCAGAUAUAUAUCUUCUAGAUGACCCUUUCAGUGCUGUUGAUGCCCAUACAGCAACAAGACUCUUCAAUAAAUAUGUUAUGGGUGCUCUAUCAGACAAGACUGUCCUUUUGGUGACCCACCAAGUUGAUUUUCUGCCCGUAUUUGACUCCAUUUUGUUAAUGUCCAAUGGAGAGGUUAUCCGUUCUGGAUCUUACCAAACUCUGUUGGCAGAUUGUAAAGAAUUUAAGGACCUUGGAAAUGGCCAUAAAGAUACUAGUGGUGUUUCAGAUCUUAAUAACAACAUACCCCCUAGCAGAGCUAAGGAAAUAUCGAUAAAUGAAAAAGAUGGUAGUCAUGGAAGCAGAUAUAGAGAUUAUGUGAAGCCAUCACCAGCAGAUCAACUGAUCAAGAAAGAGGAAAAGGAAACUGGAGAUGCUGGUGUUAAGCCUUAUAUGUAUUACUUGCGGCAGAAUAAAGGCUUGGUGUAUGCCUCUUUUGCUGUGAUUUCUCACAUGAUUUUCAUUGCUGGGCAGAUAGCCCAGAGUUCAUGGAUGGCCGCCAAUGUCCAAAAUCCUCAUAUUAGUACACUGAAGUUAAUUAAUGUGUACAUUGUUAUCGGAGUUUGCACAAUGUUCUUCUUGCUAUCAAGAUCUUUAUCAGUCGUUAUUCUUGGGAUUCAGACAUCAAGAUUCUUAUUUUCCCAGUUACUCAGUUCCUUGUUUCGUGCACCCAUGUCAUUUUUUGAUACUACUCCUAUAGGAAGAGUUCUUAGCCGGGUCUCUUUGGAUUUGAACAUCCUUGACCUUGAUAUUCCGUUUGCUUUCAUGUUCAGCCUUGCUGCCAGCUUAAAUGCAUAUAGCAAUCUAGGGGUACUGGCUGUUGUUAAAUGGGAAGUUCUACUUGUAUCCGUGCCAAUGGUUGUUUUGGCAACUAGGUUGCAGAGGUACUAUCUAGCCACGGCUAAGGAAUUGAUGCGGAUCAGUGGCACUACCAAGUCUACUCUAGCAAAUCACUUGAGUGAAUCAAUUUCAGGGGCUAUAACAGUAAGGGCCUUUGGGGAAGAAGAUCGCUUCUUUACUGAAAAUUUGGAUCUUGUUGACAAGAAUGCCAGUCCAUGUUUCCAUAAUUUUGCAGCAACUGAAUGGUUGAUUCAACGUCUGGAACUAAUGAGCGCCGUGGUUCUUUCUUUUUCUGCUUUUCUCAUGGUUCUUCUCCCUCAAGGAACUUUUAGCCCUGGUUUUGUGGGAAUGGCACUGUCUUAUGGUCUUUCCCUGAACACGUCGUUUGUUUUCUCUAUUCAAAACCAAUGCAAGCUCGCAAAUCAAAUAAUUUCGGUGGAACGAGUGAGACAGUACAUGGACAUAAAAAGUGAAGCAGCAGAAGUUGUCAAAGAAAAUCGACCAGCACCAGAUUGGCCCAAAGAUGGUAGUGUGGAGCUUACAGAUUUGAAGAUUAGGUAUAGGAAAGAUGCUCCCUUUGUACUGCAUGGAAUCACUUGCAAGUUUGAAGCUGGAGAUAAGAUUGGUAUAGUUGGUCGGACAGGAAGUGGCAAGACAACACUAAUCGGUGCGCUUUUUCGAUUUGUUGAACCUGCUGGAGGGAAAAUAAUUAUAGACUCCGUGGACAUCAGUACAGUUCUUGACAAAUGCCAACUUCUUGAAGUUGUCCAGGAGAAAGAACAGGGAUUGGAUUCACAUGUUAUGGACUGUGAUAUGGUACUUGCAAUGAGUGACGGGAGAGUAGUGGAGUAUGACAGACCUGCAAAGCUCAUGGAAACUGAAGGAUCUCUCUUUCACGAGCUGGUCAAGGAGUACUGGUCAUACACAUCGAAAACAACUAUUUAG